AUGUCCAUAAAUUACUUCUACAUCGCUGGCUCCCUCGCUGGUUCUCUGCCAAAGCCUUUCCUCUUCCCCGCUGCCAACUCCAAUUCAUCACUUCCAUCACCGCCUCGCUCCCUCGCUCGACUGCUUCCUCGACGCCCCGAUACAUCCUCAUGGAGCCAUGGGCUCCGGUCCUGGCCUGUGAUGGACAACCCUCAUGACUACCUCAUCUCCUCCCCUGCUCAGCCCCGGCAAAUAAACCCUGACAAUGCGCAUAGUUGGGUCAUGCUCAACGAGAGCGGCUUCGUCAAGCUCGGAAACGAACGUAUCCUCCUCAAGCUCGACUCCAGAAUUUCAUGCGACCUCUCCGUACCUCAGGAGCUGCGGGCAACUGGCGCGCAGUUCCAUCGCAAAAGUGACAAGGGUUCCUUGUUUCUAACAAAUAAAAGAAUUGUCUAUCUUCCGGCCAAGGCGACCCAAGAACCAAAAUUCGAGUCUUUCAGCGCCCCUAUCCUCAAAUUCCAAGAUUCUUCCACAUCCUCGUCAAUGUGGUGGGGCUGGGUAUGGAAGUCGGACUGUAUUCCAGUAUCAGGUGGUGGCAUACCGCCAGACAUACCCCGAGUUGAAGUCAAGUUCACCUUUUCAGACGGUGGCAUGAUGGAGUUUAACGACGCCUACAUUCGGCUCCGCGAGAGACUUUUUCAAUUUCAAGAGAUGCGCCGCGAAAUGGGACCCGGCGCAGAUAUCCCCGAUGAACCCUUGCCCGCAUACGAAGCUGCAAGCUCUCCUGCGCAGCCCAUCGUCGGCGCCUUGGAUGUGCCUGCUCCCGGCCACGUCCGCUCUGAUAGCUCAGCCAGCCGCCGUGCGCCCAACGAACCCCCUCCCGACUAUGAUGAGGCUCAAGCUCAGCAGCUGAGCAACCGAUUGGAAGACCACAUCCGAGACGGUGUUAACCGAGGAGAAAAUGAAUCGUAA